GCUCGUGUCCAGUAAGGAACAUUAACAAACUAAAUAGAUUUUGAGAAUUGUAAAAUUUCUGAAUUAACAAAGAAAAAAAAUGUUUAAAGUGUUCAUUCUCUUCGCUGUUUGCGCUUUGGCUAUUGCCACUCCUGAUGGCUUCACCGUCUUGCCAGCCGCUCCAUUGUCAGCAGCAUUGCCGAUCUACAAGUCUGCACUUGUGGCGUCCCAGCCUACCCACGUUGAAGUGCAUGAACCGGCACUGGCUAAAGUAGGCGAUGUGGUGGAGAGUGUGCCCACUGCUGUCUCGCAUCAGAGCUCAACCAUCGUGCAUAGCAAAGCUCAACGCGUUGCACCGCUAGUGGCGCCUGCUGUGCGCUCGUAUACGGCACCGGCCCUUCACACUUUUUCGGCACCACUCUCAGUCGCACCUUUGCUGCGCACGCUGCCAUUUGGACUAGGACCCGCUGCCGAUUUUGUUCACGCCAACGCUCCAAUUCAAUUGCGCUCUUUCGCUUCAGCUGCUCCUGCGAUUCCGGCAUCACUCUACCGCUCAUAUGGAUUCACCUAUGGGGGACAACCAUUGGUCUAUACUACUGCGCAUUUUAGGAAGUAAGCAAAUGUAUAUAUGCCUUUCAAAUAUUUUCGAAUUUGUUACGUAUUCCAUAUAACUGCCGAAAAAAAUGAAUGA